UUUAAGAUGGUUUCUGAACAUAGAUUUGAUAUACAACGUCACAACAGAUAAUAAUAAAACAAAUAAUUUCAGCAAAAGUAGCUUAGCUUCAGAAUUUUAUUUGGGAAAACUCAAAGGCGGUUCAACGGAGUGCAGUGACGCGUCAUGUGCGAUGGAUGAUGUGUACAGAGUAGGGCAGACAUUUUGGCUCAAUCAGGAAGCUGGUUUCACUAAAACGCAAACUUUGAGCCGAAUUUGAUCAUUCAUACAGACAGCUGAGUUUGUGUCAGUAAAGGUAAGAGUACAGGCUCUGGUUGGGCUAGGAUGGUUCGGGUGGUGUUCCUGCACCCUGAUCUGGGUAUAGGUGGAGCUGAGCGUCUGGUGGUGGAUGCAGCUGUAGCCCUGCGCUCUCGUGGAUGCAGCGUUCAGAUCUGGACGGCACACUAUGACCCUCAGCACUGCUUCUCUGAGACGCUCUCUCCUGAUCUGCCUGUGGUGUGUGUGGGCGACUGGCUGCCCACCAGCGUGUUUGGUUAUUUCCAUGCUCUCUGUGCAUACCUGCGCAUGAUCUAUGUAACUCUCUGUCUUGUGCUCUUCAGUGGGGAGGAGUUCGAUGUUGUCUUCUGUGAUCAGGUUUCAGCAUGUAUUCCCUUUUUGCGUUUGGCACGCAACAGAAAGAAAGUCCUAUUCUACUGUCAUUUCCCUGACCAACUACUGACACAGCGUCGCUCGGCUCUGAAGCGCAUGUAUCGCGGCCCCAUCGACUGGUUCGAGGAACUGACCACAGGCAUGGCCGACCGCAUUUUGGUCAACAGCCAGUUCACUGCAGGAGUCUUCAAACAGACAUUCCCCAAACUGGCCGAGAUUCAAACCGACGUCCUUUAUCCCUCUCUGAACUCGUCAGCUUUCGAUGUUGAAGUAGAGGGCCUCAGCGGGCUGCUCCCUGAGGGGCGGAGCCUCACUUUUCUGUCAAUCAACCGCUAUGAGCGCAAAAAGAACCUGCCAUUGGCGCUGCAAGCAUUAGCGGCCCUGAAGGAGCAUCUGUCCACUGGGGAAUGGGAGCGUGUGCACCUCGUGAUGGCGGGGGGUUAUGACGAGCGCGUGGUUGAGAAUGUAGAGCACUACGAAGAGCUGCGCUCACUAGCGUCCUCUCUAGGCCUGGAGGACCACGUCACCUUCCUGCGCUCCUUCUCAGACAAACAAAAACUGUCUUUGCUGCACAGCAGCACUUGUGUACUGUACACUCCAAGCAAUGAACAUUUUGGCAUCGUACCCAUUGAGGCCAUGUACUCGCGUUGCCCAGUUAUCGCAGUAAACUCAGGAGGACCGCUAGAGUCUGUAGCCCAUGGCGAAACAGGCUUCCUUUGCGAACCCACCCCUGAGUGCUUCUCCGAAGCCAUGCAGAAGUUUGUUACGGACCCUAAACUCAAGCAGCUUAUGGGACAGACUGGAAGAGAGAGGGUACAGCAGCGCUUCUCACUGCAGGCCUUCACCGAGCAGCUCUACAGUCACAUCAUCAACCUUACCCAAUAACCAUUAUGACAUCAUAAAGGCCAUUCCGCUUCGGAUCAGCACACAUCAGAUGCAUUCUGCCAGUCUGGUUGCCAUGGUGGGACUAAUGAAAGUAUGUCAUCUCUAAUGAAAGAAAAGAGCAGUGGGAGUUAACAUGGCUUAAGAGUUCAAUGCAAGCCUUGAAGAAUGUGGAGGACUCGUCCGACCAAGAGGUUAAUGAAUUGUUGCGCGCCAGCCACAUUGAUCAAACGCGAAAUGGCGAGGCCAGAGGACCAUAUAUGUGUAUUUUUUUUUUUUAUGCCAAAGGCCUAUUAGAGAGUUUCUCGGGCAGAAAUCGAUAGAGAAGUUUUCUGUGCCCUGCUCUGUUCGCCAGUGUCUCUGCUUUUGUUUAGUGGUGAUAAUGGAGGGUGUUAAGAGUUAUUAAAGUCUCAAACUAAAGAUGUUUGUUUGAGUAGAAAAAGAAAAAGUUUUCAUAGGACACUGAAGGUCAUAUGCUGUAUUGGUUUGAGGUUGUUACUGACUGUGUAUCUCAUGCUAUUGAUACGAGACCAAAGCCCUGAUUAAAUGAGAUGCUGCUUCGUGCCUGUGUUGUUUGUCUUUGUCUCUUGGAGCUUUUAUUUUUGGAUAUAUUGGAUACAGGCUGGCCCGAUGUGGCCUGUUUACAUUUCCAGAAUUAAGAACAGAUCACUGUUGUGUUAACAUUUCUAUUUUAAUUUCAUUUGACAAACCGUUUUAUACUUUGGCUUUGAGCAAAGUUUCCCAAAACACCAUUUAUAAACCAAUUAAAUGGAUAGUUGACUCAAAAAUGACAGUCCUGUAAUCGUUUACUCAACCUCAUGUCAUUUCUAAACCUGCAUGACUUUCUUUCA